GGCACGAAAAAACGACAAGACAGCGAUGAGAUGGCGAGAAAGCUCAGUAUAUUGGAAAUCCUUCUGAUCACUUUCAAUAUAGUUGCGUUGGCGGUAGACAUCCUUCUGUUGCUUCUUGUGCUGGAGAACCCUUCAGGUUCAUUUACUCCCGAGUGUCCAAACAUCGCUGAGUCAGAAAGAAUAGACUGUGCGCCCGGGAAGGUGGUGACAGAGGAUGUCUGCCGAUGGCAGCAUAAAUGUUGCUGGAAGCCAGCGGCAGAUACGAAAGCCCCUGCCUGCUUCUUCCCUAGGAACUGGGGAUAUGAAAUCACCAGUGUCCGCACAAACACAAGCACAGGGUUGACUGCUCGGUUGAAAAAAUUGUCAUCCCCAUCUCUUUUUGGAAAUGAUAUUGCCGAUGCCCUCUUCACAGCUGAAUACCAGACAUCCAAUCGUUUUCAUUUUAAGAUCACUGAUUUCAAUGAGAUGCGCUAUGAAGUCCCUCAUGAAAACAUUAACCUCUUGAACGGGACUGCUGAUGAAUCCCUUUUGAACUACUACAUAGAGGUCAUCAACAAGACCUUCAGCAUCCGAAUAGUGCGGAAGAGCAACAAAAGAGUCUUGUUGGACACAGGCAUUGGGCCCCUCUACUUUGCCCAGCAGUACCUGCAGCUGUCUUUCCGACUGCCCAGCUCCAAUGUGUACGGGCUGGGGGAGCACGUGCACCAGCAAUACCUCCACAACAUGAGCUGGAACACCUGGCCCAUCUUCACCAGGGACACUACGCCCGUAGAGGGCAAGGUUAACCUGUAUGGAGCACACACCUUCUUCUUGUGCCUUGAAGAUACCAGUGGGGCUUCUUUUGGAGUUUUUCUGAUGAACAGCAAUGCUAUGGAGGUCACUCUUCAGCCUGCUCCUGCCAUCACUUACCGUACCACUGGUGGCGUUCUUGACUUUUACGUCUUGCUGGGAAACACACCAGAGCAAGUGGUUCAGGAGUAUCUGGAGGUUGUUGGACGAUCAUUCUUGCCUUCAUAUUGGAGCCUUGGAUUUCAACUCAGCCGCAGGGAUUAUGGUGGCCUUGUUGGGUUGAGAGAGGUUGUAUAUCGAAACCGUGAUGCUAAUAUCCCUUAUGAUGUGCAAUACUCAGAUAUAGACUACAUGGAUGGAAAGAAAGACUUCACUAUUGAUGAACAGGCUUACCCCCAGCUGGCAGACUUUGCUAAGGACCUGCAUGACAAUGAACAGAAGUAUGUAAUUAUUCUGAACCCUGGCAUCUUCAAGGACCAUAACUAUAAGGUCUACAACAAUGGAAGCAAGAGCAGAGUGUGGAUCAUGAGCUCCAGUGGCUUUGCUGUUGGGGAGGGUUAUCCGGGACAGUCGGUAUUUCCUGACUUUACCAAUCCGUCCUCUACUCUGUGGUGGGCCAGGCAGCUCACUGAAUUUUAUAGACGUCUGGAGUUUGAUGGUGUGUGGAUUGAAAUGGAUGAACUAUCUACGCUUCUCCAAGGUGCCAGUCACCAGUGCGAAUCAAACAACUUGAACUUCCCGCCUUUCACUCCCAGUGUCCUGAACGGCUCCCUGUGGGUAGGAACCCUCUGCAUGGACACAGAGUUUUACUCAGGCCUUCAUUAUGAUGUCCACAGCCUGUAUGGCUACACCAUGUCAAGAGCCACAGAUGUGGCCCUAGGAACUGUCUUCCCUCUCAAGAGGAACUUCAUCUUAUCACGCUCUACUUUUGCUGGGUCUGGCAAGUUUGCUGCUCAUUGGCUGGGAAACAAUGCAGCCACCUGGGAUGAUCUCCGAUGGUCCAUCCCCAGCAUCCUUGAGUUUAACCUAUUUGGCAUCCCCAUGGUAGGGGCAAACAUCUGUGGCUACAGAAACAAUGUUACUGAGGAGCUCUGCACAAGGUGGAUGCAGCUUGGAGCAUUUUACCCACUGUCCAGGAAUCACAAUGGUCCUACCUACAGGGAUCAGGACCCUGCUGCCUUCGGUCCUGACUCUCAGCUGCUGAAAUCCUCAAGACAUUAUCUGAACAUCCGUUAUACCUUACUGCCCUAUCUCUACACUCUCUUCUACCGGGCCCACACACUCGGGGAGACAGUAGCAAGGCCCCUGGUACACGAGUUCUACCAGGACCCAGAGACAUGGAAGAUUCAUGAACAGUUCUUAUGGGGGCCUGGACUCCUUAUCACACCUGUGUUACACGAAGGCAUGAACCAAGUGAAAGCCUAUAUCCCAGAUGCCAUUUGGUACGACUAUGAGACAGAACAAGCCAUCCAAUGGAGGAGACAAUUUGUAGACAUGAUACUACCAAGUGACAAGCUAGGGCUUCACCUUCGAGGUGGCUACAUAUUUCCCACGCAACAGCCAAAUACAACCACAGAGACCAGCCGGAAGAAUCCCUUGGGACUCACCGUUGCCUUGGACUACAAGCGAGAAGCAAAGGGCCAGUUGUACUGGGACGAUGGUGUGUCUAAAGGCACAGUGUUAGAAAGGAAGUACAUUCUGUAUGAUUUUUCUGUUACAUCCAAUCGUUUACAGGCAAAAAUAAUAAAUAAUAAUUAUGUGGAUCCCAAUGAGCUCAUGUUCACUGACAUCAGAAUCUUGGGGAUGGAUAAAGAGCCAACUGGUCUUAAUGUCUUAUUUAAUGGCAAUGUCAUCCCCAUUUUAAGCUACAACUACGAUGCUUCAACAAAGGUGUUGGUCAUCGAUAACCUCUCAGGAUUAAAGCUGGGACAAGAAUUUUCCAUUGAGUGGACUCUUGUAGUCAGCGACCUGGAGAAGUUUAACUGCUACCCCGAGGAUCCUGCAGUCUCUGAGGAGAGCUGCAAGCAGCGUGGGUGCCUCUGGGAGCACACAGCUACUCCUGGAGUGCCUACCUGCUUCUACGACACAAUUCCCCAGUAUGCUGCCAGUAACAUUCAGUACCAGCCCACAGGUAUCACCAUGGACCUGAACCUCCUGGAAGACUCAGCAUCUGCCCGGGCAGCAGCAGCUCCAAGCGUUGUCUCUGAUCCUCUUUCUGGAAAGAUCAGCUCUCUCAAACUGAAUGUGACCUACCAUACAGAAAACAUGCUGCAGUUCAAGAUUUAUAGCUCCACUAACAAGAGAUAUGAGGUUCCAGUACCUCUGAACAUCCCUUCUUCAACAACUGGAUCCUCUGAGAACCGCCUGUAUGAUGUCACAGUUAAAACCAACCCAUUUGGACUCGAAAUUAGACGGAAGAGCUCCGGUACUGUGAUUUGGGAUUCUCAGCUCCCUGGCUUCACCUUCCGAGAGAUGUUUCUUUCCAUUUCAACUCGACUCCCAUCUGAGUACAUCUAUGGCUUUGGGGAAACGGAGCAUGAAUCUUUCAAAAGAAACAUUAAUUGGAACACGUGGGGAAUGUUUGCUCGGGAUGAGCCACCAGCGUACAAGAAGAAUUCCUAUGGUGUUCACCCUUACUAUAUGGCAUUGGAAUAUGAUGGCAAUGCCCACGGAGUACUCCUGUUGAACAGCAAUGCCAUGGAUGUGACUUUGCAGCCUACCCCUGCCCUGACAUACCGCACCAUAGGAGGCGUUCUGGACUUCUACAUGGUUCUGGGGCCAACACCUGAACUUGUAACUCAGCAAUACACGCAGUUGAUUGGUCGGCCAGCCAUGACUCCAUACUGGGCCUUAGGUUUCCAGCUGAGUCGCUAUGGAUACCAGAGUGAUGAUGAAAUUGCCAGUUUGUAUGACGCAAUGGUGGCAGCCCAGAUUCCUUAUGAUGUCCAGCAUGUAGACAUCGAUUACAUGGACCGGAAGUUGGACUUCACCCUCAGCCCCAGCUUUCAAAAUCUCAGUGUCGUGAUUAAUCACAUGAAGACCAACGGCAUGAGGUUUAUUCUCAUUCUGGACCCAGCCAUUUCUGGCAAUGAGACACACUAUCUAACAUUUACUCGAGGACAAGAAAACAAUGUGUUCAUCAAAUGGCCUGACUCCAACGACAUUGUCUGGGGCAAGGUGUGGCCAGAUUUGCCCAAUGUAAAUGUGGACGAAUCCCUUGGCCAGGAAUCUCAAGUCAAGCUGUACAGGGCCCACGUUGCUUUUCCUGACUUCCUGCGCACCAGCACAGCCGCAUGGUGGAAGAAGGAGAUCGAGGAGCUCUAUUCAAAUCCCCGGGAGCCAGAGAAGAGCUUGAAGUUUGAUGGGCUGCGAAUCGACAUGAAUGAACCUUCAAACUUCGUGGAUGGAUCUGUCGAGGCCUGCCGCAACGAAAUUCUCAACAAACCGCCCUACAUGCCAUAUUUGGAGGCCAGAGACAGGGGCCUGAGCAGCAAGACUCUGUGCAUGGAGAGUGAGCAGAUCCUUCCAGAUGGUUCCCAGGUGCAGCACUAUGAUGUGCACAGCUUGUAUGGGUGGUCCCAGACCAGACCCACCUAUGAAGCUGUUCAGGAGGUGACAGGAGAGAGAGGGAUCGUCAUCACGCGCUCCACGUUCCCCUCUUCUGGACGCUGGGCAGGACACUGGCUGGGAGACAACACCGCUGCCUGGGACCAGCUGGGGAAAUCCAUCAUUGGCAUGAUGGAGUUCAGUCUCUUUGGGAUACCUUAUACAGGAGCAGACAUCUGUGGGUUCUUCGGAGACGCUGAAUAUGAGAUGUGUAUCCGCUGGAUGCAACUGGGAGCCUUUUACCCCUUCUCCAGGAACCACAACAAUGCCGGGACUAGGAGACAAGAUCCCGUGGCCUGGAAUUCUACCUUUGAGGAGUACUCAAGAAAAGUGCUGCGGAUCAAAUACUCCCUGCUGCCCUAUCUCUACACCCUGAUGCACAAAGCUCACACCGAGGGCAGCACCGUCAUCCGACCUCUUCUCCACGAGUUCACAGACGACAACACAACAUGGGACAUAGACCAACAGUUCAUGUUGGGCCCGGCUAUCCUGAUCAGCCCCGUUCUGCAAAGUAACACAUUUGAGAUCCUUGCUUAUUUCCCCAGAGCCCGGUGGUAUGACCAUAGCACGGGAUCUGGCCAAGAAUCUAUAGGUGAGAGGAAAUUAGUGGCCGCUCCUCUGGACCACAUCAACCUUCAUGUCAGAGGAGGCUACAUCUUGCCUUGGCAAGAACCUGCAAUGAACACUUACUACAGUCGACAGAAUUUUUUGGGGUUGACUGUAGCUUUGGAUGAUGAAGGGAAGGCUGAAGGACAGCUGUUUUGGGAUGAUGGACAAAGCAUCGAUACAUAUGAAAAGGGAAAUUAUUUCUUGGCUAACUUUAUAGCAACACAGAACACCUUGAAAAUCCAGGUCCUACAUAAUCAGUAUCUGAGUGGCUCAAAUCAACUGAAAGUUGGAUAUAUUAGAAUAUGGGGUUUAAAUUCCUCUUAUGUGGUACAUGUCAGUUGUACCUACAACAACCAGCAAUUCACUGAGACCAAUUUCACAACUGAGCCCUACAAUCAGAGACUAACAAUUCAAUUGACUGAAAAGAACAUGAAACUCGAAGAGCUGACUGAGGUUGUUUGGGUUUACGGAGAUCCUGCACUUCCCACACCAAAUACAACCAGUGUAUUUCCCACAAGUCCUCACCCAACUUCAUCUAGCACUGAAAAUGCAACCAGUUCUGCUCUCAUAAGUACACCUGAAAUAGCAAGUACUUUCACAACUACACUUCCUAACACAACUACACCUUUCCCUACGAGUCCUCCUAGUACUAACACUAGUGAUAUAACUCCAUACAUAACCACAACUCCUGAACCAACUACUGUUGACAAUACAACAGCUACCACAUUUCCUAAUAUAACUACACCUUUCCCUACAAUUCCUUCUACUACGAACAGUAGUGAUAUAACUCCAUUCACAACCACAACUCCUGAGGCAACUACCAUUGAUAAUACAACUAACUCCACAUUUCCUGACAUAACCACAACUCCUGAAAUAACUACUGUUGAGUAUACAACUGGCACCACAUUAACUAACAUAACUACACCUUUCUCUACAAGUUCUCCUGCUGUUAACAGUAGUGACAUAACUCCAUUCGCAACCACAACUCCUGAGGCAACUACCAUUGACAAUACAACUAACUCCACAUUUCCCAACAUAACUACACCUUUCCCUACAAGUAUUCCUACUGUUAACAGUAGUGAUAUAACUCCAUUCACAACCACAACUCCUGAAACAACUACCAUUGACAAUACAACUAACUCCACAUUUCCUGACAUAACCACAACUCCUGAAAUAACUACUGUUGAGUAUACAACUGGCACCACAUUAACUAACAUAACUACAUCUUUCCCUACAAGUUCUCCUACUGUUAACAGUAGUGAUAUAACUCCAUUCGCAACCACAACUCCUGAGGCAACUACCAUUGACAAUACAACUAACUCCACAUUUCCCAACAUAACUACACCUUUCCCUACAAGUAUUCCUACUGUUAACAGUAGUGAUAUAACUCCAUUCACAACCACAACUCCUGAAACAACUACCAUUGACAAUACAACUAACUCCACAUUUCCCAACAUAACUACACCUUUCCCUACAAGUUCUCCUGCUGUUAACAGUAGUGACAUAACUCCAUUCAUAACCACAACUCCUGAAGUAACUACCAUUGACAAUACAACUAACUCCACAUUUCCCAACAUAACUACACCUUUCUCUACAAGUUCUUCUACUGUUAACAGUAGUGACAUAACUCCAUUCAUAACCACAACUCCUGAAGUAACUACCAUUGACAAUACAACUAACUCCACAUUUCCCAACAUAACUACACCUUUCUCUACGAGUUCUCCUACUGUUAACAGUAGUGACAUAACUCCAUUCACAACCACAACUCCUGAAACAACUACCAUUGACAAUACAACUAACUCCACAUUUCCCAACAUAACUACACCUUUCUCUACAAGUUCUUCUACUGUUAACAGUAGUGAUAUAACUCCAUUCACAACCACAACUCCUGAAGCAACUACUGGUGACAAUACAACAGGUACCACAUUUCCCAAUAUAACUACACCUUUCUCUACAAGUUCUUCUACUGUUAACAGUAGUGGCAUAACUCUAUUCACAACCACAACUCCUGAAGCAACUACUGGUGACAAUACAACAGGUACCACAUUUCCCAAUAUAACUACACCUUUCUCUACAAGUUCUUCUACUGUUAACAGUAGUGGCAUAACUCUAUUCACAACCACAACUCCUGAAGCAACUACUGGUGACAAUACAACUAACUCCACAUUUCCCAAUAUAACUAUACCUUUCCCUACAAGUUCUUCUACUGUUAACAGUAGUGACAUAACUCCAUUCACAACCACAACUCCUGAAACAACUACCAUUGACAAUACAACUAACUCCACAUUUCCCAACAUAACUACACCUUUCUCUACAAGUUCUCCUGCUGUUAACAGUAGUGACAUAACUCCAUUCACAACCACAACUCCUGAAACAACUACCAUUGACAAUACAACUAACUCCACAUUUCCCAACAUAACUACACCUUUCCCUACGAGUUCUCCUGCUGUUAACAGUAGUGACAUAACUCCAUUCAUAACCACAACUCCUGAAGUAACUACCAUUGACAAUACAACUAACUCCACAUUUCCCAACAUAACUACACCUUUCCCUACGAGUUCUCCUGCUGUUAACAGUAGUGACAUAACUCCAUUCACAAUCACAACUCCUGAGGCAACUGCCAUUGACAAUACAACUAAUUCCACAUUUCCCAACAUAACUACACCUUUCCCUACGAGUUCUCCUGCUGUUAACAGUAGUGACAUAACUCCAUUCAUAACCACAGCUCCUGAAGUAACUACCAUUGACAAUACAACUAACUCCACAUUUCCCAACAUAACUACACCUUUCCCUACAAGUUCUCCUGCUGAUAAUAGCAGUGAUAUAACUCCAUUCACAACCACAGCUACUGAAGCAAGUACUCUUGACAAUGUAACUAAUACUAUAUUUGUUUCCUCCAAUAACUAUAACUCUCCCUGAGAGUCCUUAUGUUGUUAGCACUAGUGCUGUGAUUCCGGUCACAAGGAUAGGUACUGAAACAGGUACUGAAAACUCUACGGUAGUGACAUGGUCUCAUUCAAGGGUCUAGUGCAGUGGCUCUCAACUUUCCAAAUUCUGUGACCAUUUAAUAGAAUUCCUCAUAUUAUGGUUACCCUCAGUGAUGAAAUUAUUUUGUUGCUACUUCACAAUGUAGUUUUGUUGCUGUUAUCAAUCAUAAUGUAAGUUGUCUGAUAUGUGACUCCUGUGGAGGUUGAUACCCACAGAUUGAGAGCCAUUGAUAGUGCCAGAACACCACCCAAUCCAGGAUUAUUACCUCAGAUACCUCUUUGAAACAAAGCUACAGAAAUUUGUGAAUAGACUUAGGAAUACUUGGCUUCCAAAAAUAGUUUUUGUCUCAUCCAAGCAGUAUGGAUACUCCAAGAACUCCAACAAUUAUAGGUGUUCCAAACCUAACUUCUACCAAAGAAGGUAUGCAUGCUGCUCAUGAUGUCUGAAUGCAUGCCACAAUUAUCUCUAAUGCUAGCUAUUAUAUCUAUGACCCUACUGGUUAAAUGACACGUAUGUCCAUGUCCUUCACUUGUAAUCAUAGUCCCAAACCAGAGCACAUUCUGUGACUUCUAUUGCUGCAGUUUUUUGUUAUAGUCUCUCUCCUACUGUUUUCUUGUGUUGCAAGUUCUAAUCCAAUAUUCGAGACAUUGCAGAUUCUUUAACUAAUGUUAUGAAAAGUAGCAUUUUAUUUUCCGAUAGAUUUUUCCAAAUAUUCUAUCUUGGCUGUUUCUGCAGUAGCUUACUAUCAUACACACUAAUACCAUUAUUGCUUUCAAAGGAAUUACAACUGCUGAUAUAUAUAUAUAUAUAUCUCAAAUCCACUGAAGUCAUUAAAUUAUAGACAUAGCAAUUUUACUAUCAAAGAAAAUAUAUAUAAGAUUAUAGGUGCUAAAAAUGCAAGUUCCCUAACCUUGCAAUAAUAAUAAUAGCAGUUUGAUAAGUGUUAGUGAUACACUACAGCUUUCAUAAGCAUAGAUUGAGCCUUUCUCAUCUCAAAUUAUUGGGACUAAAAGUGUUUCAGAUUUUAUAUUUCAUGUUUCUGAACAUUUGCAUUUGCAGAGUGAUAUAUCCAAUCUAAAAUUAAAUUAAUGUUCAUUUAUACUCUAGACACACACAGCUGAAAGACUACUUCAUUUUACAUUUAAAGUAAUUGUAUGCAUAAAACAAAGUUCAUGGUGUGAUAUUUUCCACUCGUGUCAUUAUGUUGGUACUCAAAAUGUGUUAUAGUUUUGCAAUAGGAAUACUCGACCUGUACUUGUUUUUACAGAUAUCAAACUGCUCUAGAAUUUUGAAAUCACUCUUAUGAGCUACUUUUAUGUCCUUACUGUUCCCACUAAUGACUAACUGCGAUGUGUCUACAAACUAGAACUUAUCCAGACAGAGGUAAGACUGUAGGUAUAGCCUCAGGAGGCAGUGUAUUCUGGAUUGGAGUUUAGAAUCAUAGUUACCUAUCCUUUUACUUUGUUAUUUUAUUGUUCAGUCUCUCCCUUGGUAUGUUAGAGUUUCCUGAAUGGCUCUGAUCUUUCAUAUACAAAUUUACCGCUCAUCUUUGACCUACUGCUUCUUUAGAUCACUCCGUAACCUGGUAAAUAGACCCAUAGAUAUUACCAAAUCUAACCAGUUGGGCACUAUUGAAGGUUUGAGCAGUAUUCUCAAAAUGUCGUUAUGAAAUCUGUGGGUGCCCCGGAUUCUUUGUAAAGUCAAUAGCAUCCAACCUGUUUUCAUAAUAUCAAGUUGUUAUUUGUUAUUUUCAUUCUUGUCUCUUACUGCAACAUAGAGGCAUUUUUCAGAGACUUCAGUGUAGCAUUGCAAUAGACAGCUAUAGAAGCAGCUGUGAAGAAGGUGCUUUUGCUGUUAAGAUGUUGGAAAGACUCACAAAAUGUAAAACAAUACCAUUCUUCUUACUCUUUGUUUUUACUUUGGAAAAUGUACCUAUUUUUCACAAAGAUAUUAUUUAUGUUAACAUGUAGUGAAUAUAUUGUUAUUUUAACUAAUGAAAAUAAAUAUUUAUAAAAUA